CGGAACGGCGGAAGCGGAAGGGGCCGAUCGGGGCCCGUCCACCUCGCCGGCGGCCACUGCCUCCCCGUGGGAUCCGGACCCAACAAAGAGACGCCCCUCGCCCAUCGCGGGACCCCCCCCUGCCCCGGCAGGGCGACGCGCCAUGGCUCUUCCUCUCUCCAUGGAUAAAUCAAGAAGUGACUGUAUAGUUGAAAAUAAAUGAGUCAGGCAUGCUGCUGGUCGAGGAGGACAGUGAAUUUUCCGACCAAGAGAUGGUGGCACUCGGGGAAGAGGCCAAAUCGGAGAAUGGAGAGAAUGCCCCCAUCUAUUGUAUCUGCCGCAAGCCAGACAUUAACUGCUUCAUGAUUGGCUGUGACAACUGCAACGAAUGGUUCCAUGGCGACUGCAUCAACAUCACGGAGAAGAUGGCCAAGGCCAUCCGGGAGUGGUACUGCCUGCAGUGCCGAGAGAAGGACCCAAACUUGGAAAUCAAGUACCGGCACAAAAAGGCCAAGGAGAAGGAGCGGGAAAGCGAACGGGACCGGGAGGAGAGCAGGAAGAAGGCGGCUCAGGAACUGGCUCUAGAGCAAAGGCGGGCAGGAGCCAAGGGCUUCGUCACCUCCCCCAAACCUGGGCGGGAUGGCAGUAACCAGCAGCAGCAGAUCAAGCGGUCGGCCCGCAUGUGCGGGGAGUGCGAGGCGUGUCGCCGCACUGAGGACUGCGGUCAUUGCGACUUCUGCCGAGACAUGAAGAAAUUCGGGGGUCCCAAUAAGAUCCGCCAGAAGUGUCGCCUGCGUCAGUGCCAGCUCCGGGCCCGGGAAUCCUAUAAGUACUUCCCUGCAGCGGUGAGUCCAGGCCCAGCAGAAGAGUGGGAAGAAGGGACCCUGGAGAAGAUGCUGCGAGUUCGAGAGGAUGAGCUGCAGAUGCUAAAAGAGCAGUCGGAGACAGCCGCCACCCCCGAGCCUUUGUCCGACGACGAUCUGCCCCUGGACCCCGACCUCUACCAGGAUUUCUGCGCUGGAGCCUUUGACGACCAGAAUCUACCCUGGCUGAGCGACCCUGAGGACGCCCCCUUCCUGGAUCCCGUGCUCCGGAAACGAGCGGUGAAAGUGAAGCACGUCAAGCGGCGGGAGAAGAAGUCCGAAAAGAAAAAAGAAGAGAAGUACAAGCGGCACCGACAGAAGCAGAAGCACAAAGAUAAAUGGAAACACCCUGAGAGGACAGACCCCAAGGAUCCCACCUCCCUGCCUCAGUGCCUGGGCCCCAGCUGCAUCCAGCCUGCUCAGCCUGGCUCCAAGUAUUGCUCCGAUGACUGUGGCAUGAAGCUCGCUGCCAACCGCAUCUACGAGAUCCUGCCCCAGCGUAUCCAACAGUGGCAGCAGAGCCCGUGCAUUGCGGAGGAGCACGGCAAGAAGCUGCUGGAGCGGAUCCGGCGGGAGCAGCAGGGGGCCCGAACACGGCUGCAGGACAUGGAGCGGCGCUUCCAUGAGCUGGAGGCGGUCAUCUUGCGAGCCAAGCAGCAGGCCGUGCGCGAAGAUGAAGAGACCGUCGAGGGAGAUAGUGAGGACACCGAUCUGCAGAUUUUCUGCGUGUCCUGUGGCCACCCCAUCAACCCCAAAGUGGCCCUACGCCACAUGGAGCGCUGCUAUGCCAAGUAUGAGAGUCAGACAUCCUUCGGCUCCAUGUACCCAACCCGUAUUGAGGGGGCAACCCGGCUCUUCUGCGAUGUUUACAACCCACAGAGUAAGACCUACUGCAAACGACUACAGGUCCUCUGCCCCGAGCACUCCCGCGACCCCAAGGUGCCUGCAGACGAGGUCUGUGGCUGCCCGCUGGUGAGGGACGUCUUUGAGCUGACCGGAGACUUUUGCCGGGUGCCCAAAAGGCAGUGCAAUCGGCACUACUGCUGGGAGAAGCUUCGCCGGGCAGAAGUGGACCUGGAGCGCGUGCGCGUGUGGUAUAAGCUGGACGAGCUAUUUGAGCAGGAGCGCAACGUGCGAAUGGCAAUGACCAAUCGAGCUGGCCUGCUGGCCCUGAUGCUACACCAGACCAUCCAGCAUGACCCAUUGACCACAGAUCUCCGCACCAGCACCGACCGCUGAGCCACACUACCUCUGCCUGUACACUGGACCUCAGGCUGGAGGACAAUGCUCCCUGCUUCCUUCCUCCUUUGCUGCUUCCAGUUUUUUAAACACAGAUUUCCCCAGGGUCUCGCUCCUCACUUGACGCCCCCGAGUGCUCAAGGAAAGCUCUUGUCAGCCCCAGCCUCCCGCACACCCCUGGUCAGGGUGGGAAGAGGAUCACCAGCUUCGUCCGCAGGCCUGGGGUCAGGGCCCGAAGCUUGGGAAGGGAAGGAGGGAGCUGAACUGCCUCACUCUCUCUCUUUCCCUUUCCCUCUUUUUAGCUCCAAGGCAUUAGGAGCUGGGGAACUGGGAGAACCUAGGGCUGUAGAGGGCUGUGGAAGCUGAGGAGUUGAGGAACCCGGGGCCUUUAUUAUUAAUAAAAUUUCUUUUGAAAAAAUA